AUGUCAGGAGUCACACAUAGCCGGACCUCUCAGAUCAUUGAUCUUCCCAUUGAGGAAGUGUGGAAGUUUGUUACUGUACCUGCAAACUGGAUCAAGUUGGGUCUCGGCACGUGGAAAGUCCAUGGCUCUGGCGGUGAGGACGAUCUCGAAGCCGUCAACCGCACCAUGCAACCUGGUGAGCAUUUUCUCGAAUACAUGCACAUGAAGGAUCGGUUCGAUUUUGUUGGGGACUGGGUGGUUACCGUGUGUGAGGCUCCCCACAAAUGGGGAUUCAAGUCGGCCCAUUGGCAUGGUCACGCCCUGCCCGUGGACAUCGAGGCCACCUACACGCUCGAAAAGCUGGGUGAAAAUCAGACGAGAUGGUCGAGACACCGAGUCAACACUCCUCGUCCAGGGAAAGAGUCCAAGAUUGAUUUCCUGGCCGGCAAGAAUGAUCUGGAAGAAGAAUAUCAACAGGUCACCAAACAAUACCUCGAGAAAGGCAUCCCGAAGCAGCCACCCCACAAUCCGACGCCACCCCAUGAGGCUGGGUGGAUUGAGACGCUCCCCGUGGAUGCUUAA